CUUCUCGUGAUCGACGAGGCUUCACUAAACCCCUUUUGUAUCGUUUCCUCGCAAAGCCCUAAUCCUCAACUUGCUCAACUACAGUGAAUCAUCUAUUCAGAAAUGGCGAUUCGUGAAUCGGGCUUCCUCUACAAUGGAAAUGUUAUGAAUUUGGGGGAGCUUAAUUGUACGCCGUGUUCUUGCAUAAAUAGCGUCAGCAGGCUGCAUAUCUUUUCCCAAUUUAAUGCUAAACAAUGCUUCCCAAUUUUUGCUGGUAAUUCCGCCAGAGGAAAUCGAAACCGAAUUUAUCCGGGCAGAGUUCAUCUCAAGCUGGCAAAUGGAAGACCCCCACCCGUUAGACAAGCUCGGAAGCUGUUGCCACUGAAGCCAUGCUGGGUAAAAAGCGAUGAUGCUGCUGAGGAACUUAUGAGUGGUGAAAGUAUCUUAUUAAAUGAGCAAGCCUUAAAGCAGGAUCUAGAAAUUGCAAUUGAGGAGGAGAACUACGCGGAAGCAGCGAAAAUCAGGGAUAGUCUUCGAGCACUCCAUGAUGACAGCAAAGCUUCAGUACUUGCGGCAAAUGCUCGCUUUUACAAAUCAUUCAGGAAUGGGGAUCUGGCUGCAAUGCAAGCCCUAUGGACAAAAGGGGAUAAUGCAUGUUGUGUUCAUCCGGGUGCAAAUGGUAUAACUGGAUAUGAAUUUGUGAUGGAAAGCUGGGAGAUUGUAUGGGUGAAUUAUGAAUUUCCAUUGGAGAUUGAACUGAAAGAUGUUGAGGUUCAUGUUAGAGGAAAUGUAGGGUAUGUUACUUGCACAGAAUUUGUGAAGACAAAAGGUGGGAGUUGGGGAGCCCAAUUUGCCACAAAUGUGUUUGAGAGGAUUCAUGGUGAGUGGUUUAUGUGUGUUCACCAUGCUUCACCUGUUGACUUGUGAAAAUACAAAUGAGUUUUGAUGUUUGGAGAAUUAUGGGCUAAGAUUAGAGACU